AUGAGAAAGGAGUUAGUGAUAGUGACAGCGCUUUCCUUGAUAGUCACUGGAUGUAUCAAUUCAAUUGCUACUAAAUAUCAGGACAAUCAAUGUGUUAGGGAUUGUGACAGUAUAUCGCCUGUUUUGUUUGAACAACCGGUGUUGCAGACAUUGCAAAUGUUCAUCGGUGAAAUAUCCCUAAUGUUUGUUAUGUUCUGGCAAAAGUACAAUUCGCGAAAUGGAUACGAGGCAGUUCCAUCGGCAGAGUCCUUGAACAAAACCAAAUUACCAUCAAGACAAAGUUAUGCUUUGGCUUUACCUGCUAUUUGUGAUAUUUGUGGUACUACGUUGAUGAAUUUGGCAUUAACCAUGAUCCCCGUCUCUAUUUACCAAAUGACUAGAGGAGUUUUAAUUUUGUUCGUUGCGUUGUUCAGUGUUUUCUUCUUGAAGCACAAGAUAUCAAGAUUUGAAUGGCUAUCGUUAUUUAUUGUUGUAUUCGGAGUCUUCCUUGUUGGUUAUAGCGGGAAUGUUGGUGUAACAGUUGAUGUCUCUUUAGUAACAGGUGUGUUACUAAUUGUAUUGGCGCAAGUGUGUACCGCAACCCAAUUUGUUCUUGAAGAACAUAUCAUGUCUAAAUGGAUCAUUCCACCAUCUACGUUGGUUGCAUUCGAAGGAAUAUAUGGGGCUUCUAUCACUCUUUUAACUAUGCUCAUUGCUUCGGUUACCUUUGCACAAAAUAAACAAAACUCAUCUUUCAACAUUGUUUACUCUCUACAGGACAUGUUCGUGAAUCCGAGAGUUCUUUAUUCCUCAAUAAUCAUUAUGAUCUCCAUCGCUUGUUUCAAUUUCUUUGGAAUCACUCUAACCAACAGCAUGAACGCUACGGUAAGAAGUACUAUUGACACUUGCAGAACCUUAUUGGUGUGGUUAGUAUCACUUUCCCUCGGUUGGGAAUCAUUUAAGUUGACACAGUUUAAUGGAUUCGUACUAUUAGUUUUGGGUACGCUAUUAUUUAACGGUGCGAUCACGAUAGAUAAGAAAAGGCUACCACAAUGGUUGACUAAAGAUUAUCCCGGAGAUGAUCGUAUCAUCAAUGUCAUUGAUGAAGAAGUUGAAAGGUUCUAA